UACAAGGGUUUAUACAAUCACAAACACAAUAAAAUUUGGACAGAUUGGGUAGUUGGAUAACUCAAGAGUCAACCUUUGAUCAGCCAAACUCCCACAAACGAUUCACACCUUUAUAUGUGAAUCCAUAAGCUUCAUUCAGCGUAUACAGUCUUCCUCCAUUGUCCCUGAUUAUUUCUUUGUCUCCUCUCCCCCAGUUGCAUUUCCAUGGCUUCUUCAAGAUUGAGCAAAUUUCUUCUUCUGUGUAACCCUUGCACAUGGAUUCUUCUUCUUCUCCAUACAAAGUCUACGAAGGGACUUGCAGACGAUAUUGAUUGGCUCCGGCGGAUCAGCACGAACGCAGUACCUUACCGGAAGAUCUUGGUCGACUCAUCCGGGCAACUCGGCAAUUUCACCACAUUACAGUCUGCCAUCGACUCCAUCCCUUCACAGAACACAAACUGGGUUUGCAUCUACAUCAAGAAAGGGAUUUACCGGGAGAAGGUGAGAAUACCGAAGGACAAGCCGUACAUCAUCCUCAAAGGACAAGCAAAGAGGACGACCCAGGUCCUGUGGGACGACCACAACACUAUCGCGCACAGCCCCACUUUCACUUCCUUGGCUGAUAACAUCGUCGCCAAGAGCAUCAGUUUCAGGAAUUUGUACAACAAUCCGAUUAAUAAGAAAAACCCUAGAGUUCCAGCAGUUGCAGCUAGGAUUUCUGGGGACAAGAAUGUGUUCUAUAGAUGUGGUUUCUAUGGUCUGCAAGAUACACUGUGGGACGACCAAGGACGGCAUUAUUUCAAGCAUUGCACGGUCCAAGGAGCCGUCGACUUUAUCUUCGGUAGUGGGCAGUCCAUUUACGAGAACUGUGCAAUAUCAGUACUUGGAAGAGCCCUAGGGCCAGGAGUUUUAGGGUUCAUCACAGCGCAAGGAAGAAGCAACCCGCACGAUACAAAUGGGUUCGUGUUCAAGGAGUGCAAUGUGUUCGGCUCUGGGUUGGCCUUGUUGGGAAGGCCGUGGAGAGCCUACGCAAGAGUCGUCUUCUACCGAUCCAAUUUCACCAAUGUUGUGCAUCCUCGAGGCUGGGAAGCCGGGCAUUUCGCCGGACAAGAGCCCCAAUUGACAUUUUCAGAAUACGGGUGUUACGGACCCGGGUCAGAUACUUCUCACCGGAUAGGAUGGGAGAAGAAGUUGAACAGGGCGGUGGUCGGCCAAUUGAUCAGCACGAGUUUCGUUGACUCCGAAGGAUGGCUAAGCAGUCAACCCCUCUAAUACUAUUACUGAUUUCUGUUGAUUAUUUCCCUUUUAGUGCUCCAUGACAUCGUUGCACGGACUUAAAUUACCUUCAUAUUCAAUUCAUAUUUCCCUCUUCCAUCACGAGUGAAUUAUUCGCACGAAACUAGAAAUAGGUGAUCUAGA